AUGAUUCCUCUUGAGGACAGGCUCCGUAUGCAGAAGUACUAUAUUUCUCAUGUCCCCUGCCCUCUAGGACCUGCUGGCCUCGGACAGAGCGCGCGAAAGUGGCGAGUUCACCGACUUCGCCUUCGUCUGCGAAGGGCAAACAAUCAACGUUCACAAGAUCAUCAUCUGCGGCCAGUCCACGGUCUUUCAGAGAGCAUGGACUGGGGGGUUCAAGGUACCGCUCGCCGCCAAGAAGCUUCUUCCGGGAUAUAUGACAUGAACGAUCAUCCCCUUGAUGUAGUGAAUGGGAUGGUAGAAUACCUCUACACUGGAACAUAUGCGGUUCCAGAUGACGCUGACCUGUUGACCCAUGCAACCAUGUUCACCUUAGGAGACAAGUACGGCAUUGGCGGCCUACAAGAGCUUGCGAGUAAGAAGUACCUGGAAUGCUUGGACGAAAGCUGCAACCAUCACGAUUUCGCCAGUUCGAUCUCGCAAGUUUACAACCUCCCUAGGGAGACAUCCAAGACCCUUCGAGUUGGGGCACUAGUCUUUGCUAGAGACAAUAUGGGGACCGCGCUGGCUGCAACUGAGCUGGCAACGAUCCUUGAUGAUUUCUUGUACGAAUUUCCAGAGUUUGCGAGAGACCUUCUGAGUCUCUCUCUCAGAUUCUCGCGGAUGGGGAUUUGUGAUAACUUCUCUUGUGACUCACGAGGUACUGUUCCGAUCGAAAUCCUCCAAUGUCGAUGCCAAAAAUGUGGGAAAGGGGGCGCCAGAGCAGGGCUGAGCCUCCGUUCGUGGAGUAAGCUAUUGGACUACGAGUUUGGUGAGGAUGAGAAUGCCUCUAUUGGGAAAGAUCCGGGUUACCGCAGAUGGUAG